UCUUUCUUCUUUUCAUCAUCUUCUUCUCUUCUUCUGUUCUCUCUUUCAUCCUAACAGCUAUAACUAGGAAGAAUUCUGCUCUGAUCAACAGCUAGAACUAGAUUACGUUUAGUUCCCUAUAUAGAAAAGAAAAGGAACCUAGUUUCAACUGCCAUCUUCCUUCUUCAUCAACAUGAGUAUUGAAGAUUCUUUUAAGUCUCUCUCUCUAGACUAUCUUAACCUUCUCAUUAAUGGUCAAGCUUUCAGUGAUGUAACUUUCAGUGUGGAAGGUCGUCUUGUUCAUGCACAUAAAUGCAUCUUGGCUGCAAGAAGUAUUUUCUUUCGUAAAUUCUUCUCAGAAUCAUCAUCUCCUUCUUCUGAUUCGCCUAAUGGAACUCCUGUAUCAUCGUCACCACAGACUGUCAUACCAGUGAAUUCUAUUGGUUAUGAGGUUUUCUUGUUGAUGUUGCAGUUUUUAUACAGUGGGCAAGUUUCAAUUGUUCCUCAAAAACAGGAACCAAGACCUAAUUGUGGAGAAAGGGGUUGUUGGCAUACUCAUUGCAGUUCAGCUGUUGAUCUUGCUCUGGAUGUUCUUUCUGCUGCAUCUUCUUUUGGUGUUGAGCAGCUUGUACUGCUUACUCAGAGGCAUUUGGCAAGCAUAGUAGAAAAAGCUUCAAUUGAAGAUGUAAUGAAGGUUUUAUUAGUAUCAAGGAAACAAGAAAUGCAACAACUCUGGAGUACAUGUUCCCACCUUGUUGCUAAAUCCGGUCUUCCACCAGAAAUACUUGCUAAACACUUGCCAUUUGAUGUUGUAGCUAAAAUCGAAGAAGUUAGAUUAAAGUCUUCAUUGUUCACAACCCAGCAGAAUCAAUUCUCUUUUGUUCCUCAACAUCACCAGCACCAUCAUCAACUCCAAAACCAUGACCAUAAUGACUAUCACCAUCUGCAUCUCAGUAUAUCAGCUGACCUUGAAGAUCAAAAGAUUAGAAGAAUGAGACGAGCACUAGAUUCUUCUGAUGUUGAACUUGUUAAGUUAAUGGUAAUGGGCGAAGGACUUAACCUUGAUGAAUCACUUGCUUUACAUUAUGCAGUCGAAAAUUGUAGUCGAGAAGUGGUUAAAGCACUGCUUGAACUGGGUGCAGCUAAUGUUAACUAUCAAGCUGGUCCAACAGGAAAGACAUCGCUGCAUAUUGCAGCUGAGAUGGUAUGUCCAGAUAUGGUAGCUGUUUUAUUAGAUCAUCAUGCUGAUCCUAAUGUUAGAACUACCGAUGGCAUUACACCACUUGAUGUUUUAAGAACAUUGACAUCUGAUUUCCUUUUCAAAGGUGCUAUCCCUGGACUUUCUCAUAUUGAACCUAAUAAACUUAGGUUAUGCCUUGAAUUAGUUCAGUCAGCAGCUCUUGUUAUCUCCCGGGGCGAAGACGGCGAAGAAUGAACAGAAGGAGAAGAAGUAAAUUAAUCUGGCAACAUUUCAGGAAAGAAAUCCUACUCAAACGCGAAAGAUUAGUAAGUGAUGAGAUUAUAUAUCAAUAUAUAUAAUGAUAUGUUACUAAUCAUGGAUAUAUAUAUGUCACAGCUAAUUAACUGCAUGUGUAAGCACUAAGUUGAGCAGUUGGUGUUAGUACUAAUGUAUUUAAUCUCGUUAUUAUCAACUGUGGUAUAUGAAGAAAUAAAAAUGACGGGGAAAGACAAAAAUGAAGUCUAGUACUGAAAAGGAAGAAAUCACUGAUGGAUUUGCAUAAAACACUGGUUCUCUGCCCCUCUCUCUCUCUCUGUGCCAUUUAUAUUCCUUUCUUCUUUUGCAUCGUCUGUUUUUUUUUUUUUUUUUCUUUCUUUCUCUUUUCUUCUGCAGCCUAGAUAGCUCUUUGUUUUUUGCUACCGGUUCUUGUAUGAUUUGGAUUAUAGUAUGCAGUGUAGUGAAAUUGAUAAUUGGUAAUAAUAAUGAAAUAAAGAUAACAUGAAUUUUGUUUUUCUUGGGGGAGGAGACAACAAGAAUCUGUCUAGAAAAGCUUUUUCUUGAGUGAUGGAUGAAGAGAU